AGACCUCACUAUCAUCAGAGUGACUGCACUGUCUUUUCCUACUCCUAAGCUUGCAGCAACAGCAAAGACCAUGGAUAUUACCAUUCAGCAUCCCUGGUUCAAACGAGCUCUUGGACCUUUAAUUCCAAGCCGCUUUUUUGACCAAUUUUUUGGAGAUGGUUUUUUUGAAUAUGAUCUCCUGCCUUUGUUUUCUUCUACCAUCAGCCCAUACUACAGGCAAUCUUUCUUCCGCACUUUGCUGGACUCAGGUGUUUCUGAGGUGAGAUCUGACCGAGACAAGUUUCUUGUCUUUUUGGACGUAAAGCAUUUCUCCCCUGAAGAUUUGAGUGUGAAAGUCAUUGAGGAUUUUGUGGAAAUUCAUGGCAAACACAAUGAGAGACAGGAUGACCAUGGAUACAUUUCUCGUGAAUUCCAUCGUCGAUACCGUCUUCCUUCCAGCGUCGACCAAUCAGCGAUCGCUUGCUCCCUGUCGACUGAUGGCAUGCUAACCUUCUCUGCCCCCAAGGCUCAGUCUGCCACAGAGCCCAGCCAUAGCGAGAGACCCAUUCCUGUGUCUCGUGAAGAGAAACCAACUUCAGUUCAGUCUUCUUAGUUUGAACCUCCUGCUGCUGAAGAAUCUAAGCUAUCCAACCUCUUCACGCCUCAUUCACAGCACCAUUACAUAGAUAUCAGUGAAUGUCUAGAAGGUUUUCUUUUUGUUUUAAUUAUUUUCUUGGAAGGAAUGAGGGCUGGAUGAGCAGCUAGAUGAUUUGAAGCUUUAGCCUAAACUUUUCCCCACUUUCACACAUCUUGUUAGGAUAACAAGGAAGAUGAAGUAUCUUCCACAGCUUUAUGUAUUCUUGCUGAAAGGGUCUAAAUGUCAUGCUGUAUCGGAUAUCAUCUGCCAAGCCCAAACACAGGGCCAGGUUGGCAACACUAGCUGUCAUGGCAUCAAUCAGUCAUAUGAAGGCUGGUGCAACAAAAGCAAGAACACAGGUUUGUUGUUGUCUAAGGUAAUUAAAGAGGUAGAAGCAAAGGUGAGCUAAACUGAUUAUGGUGAUGGCAGCGGCAGUGGUGAGUGGUUGACAGUUGCAACAAAUUUGCUCUACCCGCUUUUAACCCAAUAAAGAAAAAUGGAGGAGUUCACAGUGUUUGGAGAUCCUUAUAAUUUUCUUCAGUAAAGAUGUAUUUUAAAAAAAAAAAAAUCCCUCUGUAACAUCCACAAUGGUGACAUCUUAAUGGCCACUGAUGCAAGAACAAGCAUUUUUGCAGACCUUUCAGGAUCCAUCACAGUUCAGAAGCUUCAAACCUGUAUUCAGCUGUCCUGGUCAACAUGUAUAUGCCACCUUCCUUAAUCUUGCUGUAAUUCUAAUAUAGUUCCACCUGUUUUACUGAUAUCUGGCAUGCAAUCUGAGGUUCCAGCCAGUGGCAAUCAAUAAAGAAAAUGUGAA